AUUAAAAGAACUCUCAUCUUGAUCCUCUUCUUGGUCCAAAUGAAAGUGACUUUGUCUUCUACGGAUCAAAGCUUCACAGCUUGCGAGCCCGUGAAUUGUGGUUACGGCCCAAAUAUAAGCUAUCCUUUCUACAUCACAGGGAAACAAAAACCCUUCUGUGGGUACCCAGGUUUUGACCUCACUUGUGGCAAAAAUGGCUUCCCAAUUCUCGAUAUCAUCAACACCCAACACAUCAUCCAACAAAUCUUCUAUAACAACAACUCAUUCCGAGUCUCCAACCCCGUUUUUUCAACUCCAAACACUUCUCAGUGCAUUCUUCCCACACAGAAUCUCACCGUUGGCAAGUACAGGUUUCGUAUUGCUCCCAAUCAGAGGAACCUCUUCGUGUUCUAUGGUUGUAACUUAACGUUGCUUCCUGAAGAGAUGAAAGAACAUAAAAUCGGGUGUUCUGUUCAUGAAAACAGAACGAGUAGUAAUUUAUCCGUUGUGGCAUUGUAUGCGGAAGACGUCACAAACGUGAGAUUAGCGGAAGAGAAUUGCAGAGGUGGGUGGGUGAAUGCAACGGUGGAAGACGAAAAGGGAGGGAAUGUUCGAGAAGCUCUUGAAGAAGGGUUUGUGAUGAGUUGGAAUGUAAGUAAUUGCAGCACGUGCUUGAAUAGUGGGGGAAGAUGCGGGUUUGAUACAAGCCCAGCUAUAUACGCUUUCAGGUGCUUCUGUCGUGAUGGAGUUCAUGUAGCGGAAUGUAAUCUUCCGCCGUCGCCACUGCCGCUACCGCCACCAUCACAGCAAGGUAAUGGCUGGACCCGGCAAAAGAAAGUCAUUAUUGGUGCUACAGCAGCUGCAGUAAUUGCAGGAUUGUUGAGUAUUUGUUAUUUUACCUACAUGUUACCAGCAUGGCAAGAAAAAUACUGCUUUCUGACAAAAAGUAACCAAGAUAUUGAAGCUUUCUUAAAAAAUUAUGGCGUGUUAACUAUGAAAAGAUAUAAAUUCUCUGAUGUGAAGAAAAUGACCAACUCCUUCAAAGUUAAACUAGGACAAGGUGGUUUUGGUGUUGUAUACAAGGGAAAGUUAUCUGAUGGUUCUAAUGUGGCCGUCAAAAUGUUGAAUCCAUCCAAAGGAAAUGGUAAAGAGUUUAUCAAUGAGGUAGCUAGCAUUAGUAGAACUUCUCAUGUUAAUGUUGUCACCCUUUUUGGUUUCUGCUUUGAAGGCCGCAAGAAAGUUCUUAUUUAUGAAUUUAUAUCAAAUGGUUCCCUUGACAAGUUUAUUUACAGAAAGGAAGGAGUUGAAACUACUACAUUGUUGAGUUGGGAUAAGCUGUAUCAAAUUGCCAAAGGGAUAGCUAAGGGGUUAGAGUACUUGCAUAGAGGAUGCAACACUCAAAUUUUACAUUUUGACAUAAAGCCGCAUAAUAUUCUUUUGGAUGAAAAUUUUUGUCCUAAGAUAUCAGAUUUUGGACUAGCAAAACUUUGUCCUGGGAAGGAAAGUCUUAUUUCCAUGUCGGAUGCUAGAGGAACAAUAGGGUAUAUAGCUCCAGAAGUAUGGAAUAGACAUUUCGGCAAAGCUUCUCAUAAAUCUGAUGUUUAUAGUUACGGAAUGAUGCUUCUUGAUAUAGUGGGAGGAAAGAAGAACAUUAAUGUAGAAGGGAGUCAAACAAGUGAGAUAUAUUUCCCUGAUUGGAUAUACAAAAAGCUUGAGCAAGGCACUCAAUUAGGACCUGAAGAUGGAGUGGUGGCAAUAGAGGAAAAUGAAUUGGUUAAGAAAAUGACGAUUGUGGGUUUAUGGUGUAUUCAAACAAUUCCAAAUGAUAGACCUACAAUGAGUAAAGUUGUAGAAAUGUUAGAAGGCAGCAUAGAUUCCAUAAAAAUGCCACCAAGACCUGCUCUGUCUUCUCCUGUAAGAUCGAUUGCAAAAUCUUCUACUUUGUUAAAUUAGUACAUCUUAUUAUAUUCAAAACUUCGUCAUUGGGCACUAUGCACAUAUUGGUUCUUGGGGGCAUUCACUAAGAUAAGUACUUGAUCCUACUGCCUAGAGCAAGAGUGUUAUUUUUCAAAUUUUCAC